GCACACUCGCACUCACACAUAGACACGGCGAACAUGGCGUAUGCGCAACGUGCAACUGCAACAUGUGUUAUUGCAGUUCAUUUACUGAACAAUUCUCGUCAAUUAGGCAAUUCGCGCUCGUAUAAGCAGCAUAAUUGAAGCUGUUUGCAAUUCCCAAUAAAUAAAUUAAUUAUAUUACUUCAACGACUGACAAGUGCGCGCGCACAUCCUGUUUGGCCUCUGCAAACAUGUCCGAGUUUCGGUUCUUUUCUUACUCCGACUUUGCUUUCACCUCGAAGGGCUCGCAGAAUUUGAUAAAUCUGCCAAUAACUCCGUUUUCUGCAGCCAGUACCCAGUCGAAGGAAGAGACAGAUAUCGAGCUGAACAUUCCAUAUACCGUGUUCGAGGUGCUGGUGGCCAUUGUCAGCAUCAUUGGCAAUCUGAUGGUGAUCAUUGUGUUCCGCCGCGAACGGAAGCUGCGCCGUCGUACCAACUACUACAUCGUCUCGCUGGCCAUGGCUGAUUUUCUGGUUGGCUCCCUGGGCGUGCCUUUUGCCAUACUGGCAUCGGUUGGUCUGCCCAAGAACCUGCACGCCUGCCUCUUCACCGUUUCGCUGCUGGUGGUCCUAUGCACCAUAUCCAUAUUCUGUCUGGUUGCCGUAUCCGUGGAUCGCUACUGGGCCAUACUCUAUCCGAUGGCCUAUUCCCGCAAUGUGCGCACCCGCACUGCAAUCGUCAUCAUAUCCGUGUGUUGGGUGGCCGGGGCCAUUGUGGGCUUUCUGCCGCUCUUUGGCUGGCAUGCGAACGUGCCACACGAUCAGGAGUGCCUGUUCGUAGAGGUAAUGGACUACAACUAUCUGGUGUUUCUCUACUUUGCCACCAUCAUCACGCCGGCGCUGCUCAUGCUGGCCUUCUACACGCACAUCUAUCGGGUGAUCAUCAAACAGGUGCGCCAGAUCGUAACCAUGAAUCCUGCCUCGGACCUGAGCCGACGCUCCUCCACCGCCCAGAUGCAGGUGACAACGCCCGGCGCCCAGCGUGGCGGCCACACGGGGACCAUGCUGCGCGUACUGGGCGCGGCGCGUAAGCGGGAUGUGAAGGCCACACAGAAUCUGUCCAUCAUUGUGCUGUUUUUUAUGAUUUGCUGGAUACCGCUGUACACGAUCAACUGCAUCAAGGCCUUCUGCCCGGAUUGCUAUGUGCAUCCUAAGCUGACGCUCUUCUGCAUCAUACUCUCCCACCUGAACUCGGCUGUUAAUCCUUUGCUCUAUGCCUAUCAUCUGAAGGACUUUCGGCUGGCGCUAAAGAACCUAAUGCUUAAGCUGAUGGGCGUCGAUAUCGAUCAGCAGGCGGAGGCUAUACAUCGCUUCUCGCUGGCCAGCCAGCAUCGUUUGCAGUCAAUGGACUCCACCAUGCGCACCACGCAGCCGCGCAUGUAUGUGGGUGAGUACUCGCCCAUUUGGCUGCGGCAGCAGCAGGAGGCGCUCAAGAACUCGCAGCUGCUGCCCAAAUGCGGCGUGCUCAGUCCCUGUGUGAACAACAUCAACCAAACGGUGGCCGCCGCCGUCGCCGUCUCCACGGACAUUGAGCGCGACAUGUGGAACAUUGUGGAGGCCUCCAGCGGUGCGGAGCUGGGCGAGACCAGCUAUGAGUUUCCCAUUGUCAAGCAGGAGAGCGAUCAUGAUAGCAGCCUCUCUGUAUCGGCGCCGGCAACGGCACAGUCAGUGGCGCAGCAAGCAGCGCAGCAGCAGCGCUGCGACAGUGUCUACUCGUAUGAAAACCAAAACUAUUCGACCGGGCCCGAGGAUGGCAUUAGUCUGCCCGACGAUCUAGACGAGUACGAGGAUGUGUUUGUGCCGCCAAGCGGAAAUAGCAACUACCAGGGCGUAGAUCCAGUGGAGCUGCGCCGCAGCCUGGCCUGUGUCAUGCGCGAGAAGCUGCGCUCCGAUGACACCGACUACUACAGCCAGCAGCACGCGCUGCAGGAUCCCACCAACGCUGACUACGGGCUGCCGUCCAAGGUGGAGCAGAGUAGACCCUGUUCCACGCGCACCUCCCCCAGCAAUGGCGCACUGCCGCAGCAGCUGCGCGCCAAGCUGCUCGCCGGCAACUCGAGCAGCGAUCACUGCCUGCCCCUGCCCAGCACUGGUGCCGCCACCGGCACCGUCUAUGUAAUCGAUGGCGCCACGAAUCCGCUAUCGCCGGGUCACAAGCCCAAGUACCGUAAGUCGACGGCCCUGACGAGGAACUCGCGCAAGAAGAGUCGCUCCUGCACUUGCACCAACGAACAAAAACUGGCGAGUCCUGGCGAGACAACCGCCCCAACCACCGCCCAUCAUAACAAUAAUCUCAGCAAUAGGCACUCGGAGCAGCAGCAGCAGCAGAACCACGAUCACUUCUUCAGUCCCCUCAAGACGGUGGGCAGCUUCAUGCAGCAUUCCAAUCUCUUUAAUCUCUUCCAGCCGCACACAACGACGGCCCCAGCGGCGACGGCGUUGAGCAUUGCGCCUGGGCCUGGACCAGGACCUGGACCUGGUGUUGGGCCUGCACCUGCUCCCGUUUCACGACUGACCGUCGGGGCCUUGACCUCAACAUCGGCCUCGUCGUCCUCGUCCCUAGUCGCUGCAAGCGUGGAGAGUUGACCAACGGUCAAAGCUCCUCAGGCGGCAGGCAAACUCUAGGCAAAUACUCGCAAGUCAAUGCUUUUAGUAUUAGUUCUUAGCUCUCGCGUUCAAAACGAGUCAUAGAUCAAUGCAUGGAACAGGUGGAAACUGAACGAAUCAGUUCCAGUUGAGAUCCGACAGUUCCAGUUCGAUUUAGUAAAUUAUGCGCAUUUAUUUUUUGAUAUAAUUAUCUUGCAUUAGUUAGUUAAUUGUUUCCAACUAAACUUAAAGUCAAUUUAAGUAAAUUACCGUAUUGUGCAUACUCGUAUUUUUUCUACAUAUGUAUAUAAGUAUUACAUUGCUUAGAUAUAUUUUGAUGUGACAUAUAUAUAGACCAUCCUAAAUAUGCAUGUGUGUUUAGCUAAGUAUACUUGGACCGUCUGUGAAAAUCAAAAUUUAUGUGUAUAUUAAAGGCAUAGUUGA